AUGGGUCUGUUCAAGAAAUCCGACAAGUCGGACGGCGACGACGACUCCAACCGCCGCGCUCUCUUCGGCCGGUCAAAAACCAAGAGCCCUCAGGAAAAUACAAACCCAUAUGCCCAGCCUAUUCCAACCGAUUCCUACACCAGGGCCAAGCAAAGUAUCGGCAUGGCUCCCCCACCACCAGGCGGUUUUAACAACGGACCUUCGCCCUCCCCCGGCUCAGGCCCUCAUAGCAUUCCCUCAGACAGCAAGUACUCUGGCUAUGCUCCCAACACCUACGGCAACCAGGGAGGAUAUGGCGGCGACCGGUUCGGGAGCGGGAGCGGAAGCACUGGGGCCGGAACUCCAUCCCGGUAUGGAGCAGGUGGCUACGGUGGGCUGGGUAAUGCUGAUCCCAAUGAGCCUUCUGAUGCCGCCCGGAAUGAACUUUUUGGGGGUGCGCGAAACCGCCAGCAGUCAGGGAACAAUCAUCCGGGCAGCGCGCCGCCGCCCUACAGCCCGGGGCAGGAGGGCCAGGAGGGCCAACCGACCUACGGUGGCGGCAGCAAUGAGUACAGCAUGGCUACAUUUGAAGACCGCCAGCUCACGGCCGAGGAACUAGAGGAGGAGAGUAUCCAGGCCACCAAGCAGGAAAUGCGCCACAUUAAGCAGGGUGACAUUUCAUCAACCCGGAAUGCUCUGCGGGUGGCAGCGCAAGCUGAAGAGACGGGUCGCCAGACACUCGCUCGUCUGGGCGCUCAGGGUGAAAUGAUCCACGAUGCGGAGGGCAGCCUGGACGCAGCCAAGUUGCAGGGUCAUCUGGCCGAGGACAAGGCCCGGGAACUUAAGAGACUGAACCAGAGUAUGUUCAGGCCGCACAUGAGCAACCCGUUUACCAAGCGAGCGCGUGAAGAGGAAGCCAUGCGCAAGAGUACUUUCCGUGACAUUGAGCGUGAAGCUGGACGGGCCGGCAAGCCUAAGAAGGCUAGCGUAACGGAGCGUGCGAAGUAUCAGUUUGAGGCUGAUAGCGAGGAUGAGGCUAUGGAAGAUGAGAUUGAACAGAACCUGGAUCUUCUGAGUGGCGCUGCGGGCCGACUGAAUGGCCUAGCGAAAGCCACUGGGCGCGAACUUGAUGAACAAAAUAGACAUCUUGAGCGCAUUACUGGCAAGAGCGAUUACGUCGACGACCAAAUUGCCAUGAACCGUGCCAAGUUGGACCGGAUUCGUUAG